AGAGAAUAAUAAAGCUCUCCAUUCUCACUCUGUAGAGCUUCACCUCCCUGCAGAAUCAUCUGAUUUUUGGAUCUAUCUUAGUAUGAUACAACAUAUCAGCUGCUUCAAUCAAUACACUAACUGAUUUAGUGAAACUGGGCUCACAUGUCAAAUUGACAGACUGUUCACACCUCUGAAAGAAGCUUAGAACCUGAUAAGAGGAGAAUCAUCUGAGGAAAUACUCUGGAAAGUUAAGGUGACAUGAGUUCACCCACUGGAUCCAUUCUUAGUACCAGCGCAGAAGAAAGCCAGUCAGUUCCUAGUCCUGUCUCAGGUCCAGCCCCAAGCCCGGCUCUGCUGUGCCGAGUAUGUGGUGACAGCAGCAGCGGAAAGCAUUACGGCAUCUUUGCUUGCAACGGUUGCAGUGGUUUCUUCAAAAGGAGUGUCCGCCGAAAACUAAUCUACAGAUGCCAGGCUGGGACAGGGAUGUGUCCAGUGGAUAAAGCACAUAGAAAUCAGUGCCAGGCUUGCAGGUUAAAAAAAUGCCUUCAGACAGGCAUGAACAAGGAUGCUGUACAGAAUGAGCGUCAGCCUCGCAGCACAGCGCAGAUCCGACUGGAUAGUAUUGAGUUAGAGACAGACAGCCGCUCUGAACACUUGGCAACCACCCGAGAGCCUCCUCCUUCCUGUCCACCAGUGAACAACUUACGAACCCCCGUCCCCAAUAACAUAUCAGGAACCCUGAGUCCACCCCAUAACCAUCGAUUCAUGGCUAGCUUGAUGACAGCAGAGACUUGCGCCAAACUGGAGCCGGAAGAAGCUGAUGAGAACAUAGAUGUUACAAGUAAUGAGCCAGAACGAACACCUAAUGAUUUUCAGAUGUCUGCCUUUAUUACAUCCAGUCCAGAAGGAGUGUAUGAGACCUCAGCCCGACUCCUCUUCAUGGCAGUGAAAUGGGCAAAGAACCUGCCAGUCUUCUCCAACCUUCCAUUUAGAGACCAGGUCAUCCUUCUAGAAGAAGCAUGGAGUGAACUGUUUCUUCUCUGUGCCAUCCAGUGGUCUAUGCCACUUGACAGCUGCCCCUUGCUGUCCGUGCCAGACUUAUCUUCAAGUGUUCAUGGAAAAGCUAUCUCCUCCAGUCUGGAUGUACGAAUCCUUCAAGAAACAAUUAGUCGCUUUAAAUCGCUAAGUGUUGACCCAACAGAAUUUGCUUGCCUGAAGGCAGUACUCCUCUUUAAACCAGAGACCAGAGGCCUUAAAGACCCUGAACAAGUGGAAAACCUUCAAGAUCAGUCUCAAAUGAUGUUGGCUCAACAUACUAGGAAUCAUUAUCCCAACCAGCCAGUCAGGUUUGGGAAGCUGCUUUUGUUGUCCCCAUCUCUUCGCUUCAUCUCCUCUGAGCGCAUAGAGCUUUUGUUUUUCCACCGUACCAUUGGCAACACUCCCAUGGAAAAACUCCUCUGUGAUAUGUUUAAGAACUGAACAGGUCACUCAGCCAGUGUGGCGGAAGCCUAAAAUAACCAGCUGCUAAUAUAGUAGUGAAAUGCAAGGCCCUUGUACAAGGGUCCAAUCAUGAAAAGAAAACUGACUUAAGAAUUUCACUGGAACUUGAGCACAGCAAUGCAAUCACAAGCCAAUGACUUCUGUCCUACUUAUUGUCGUAUUGUGUGUGUGUAUAUACUCAGGGGAUAUCAUUCGUGUACCUCCUGUCCGCAUUUACAAAGAUGUAUGUGAUGGUUUCUGCUUAUAAGAGGCAUGGUCAUAAUUUAGGGAUGCUAAGAAACUGGAAGAAAGGAAGAGCGCAGUUGUUGCCCAAAGCAACCUCAUAUACUAAUUUACAGAAGCAUAAAAACCUAAACUUCAAAAAUGUCAGGGUGCAAUAGGCCAGUUGUUCUCAACCCUGUCCUCAAGUACCUCCAACAGGCCAUGUUUUGUGAAUUUCUGUUAGAUAAAAUAGCUUCUACAAA